GCACUGGAUCUUACGAAUAUGGAGCUGUCAUCAAUUGGAGAGCAAGUGUUUGCUGUGGAGUCAAUAACGAAGAAGAGGAUAAGAAAGGGCAAUGUGGAAUAUCUGCUAAAGUGGCAAGGAUGGUCCCCUAAGUAGAUGGGGAUGACCUGCCGGCAGAUUUCCCAGGGAAAGGGGGGCGGGUGUACGUCAUGCCGGGGGCUCCCCAGCCUGAGAGAACGAGGGAGGAAUGUGGCAGGGCGGAGGGCGGGGCCGGGUCGUACUUCUACACACCCGGUCCCUUAUCAGGCUAAUCAAGCCUCCGAGAGGGAUAAAGGCCAACUGCGAAAGAUGGUGCGGGAGAGAGAGAUCGUUUAUGGGCAUGUCCAUCGUGUGUGUGUGUACAACACCUGGGAGCCAGAAGACAACAUACUGGACCCUCGUCUAGUCCUUGCCUACGAAGAAAAGGAGGAGAAGGAAAGAGCCUUGGCUUAUAAAAGGAAAGGCCUGAGACCCCGUCGAGUUAUCGUGCGGAACCUCUAUCCCAUGGAUCUACGAAGUGCCCACAAGGUUCCGGAAAAGCCUGUCCCUAGAAUCCGCCUGUCACUCAGCCGUUCUAUGGGGACAGAAAUCGAUAAGAACAGACGGCGUUGCAGAGAGAGCGUGGGCUUCCAUCGCAUAAUGAAACUCAAGAAUAGGCUGCGCAAGUCCAAACUCAGUGAUGGCAUUAAACCAUCGCAGCAACCAAGAAGUCCAAUUCCUUCAAAAGUCUCUAAAGAGAAAGAGUGGGAUGAAGAUGAGGAAGAGGAGCAGAAGAUGAGUGAAAAUGAAGGGAACACAACAGACGUGCACCAGGACAUUCCAAGUGGCCAAGAGAUGUCCGAAGGCUACAACUCUUCCACAGAACAGGAAGCUGAAAUCACCAAGCAGGAACCUGAGAACUGCUCUUCCAUUUUUGACCAUGCUGAGAAGCCAAGCGAGGAUACCUGCCUCAUGAUAGGUCCAGUUUUAGAAGCGACAGAAAGACCUGAAUACUUCCUAAUCACAAACACACAAAAAAACGAGUCCGUAACAAACAUCACAGGGGGUGAAGAUGCUUUACGGGUAUCACAUGACACAGCAGACACUGACCAGCCACUACAAAACAGCACCAAAAAAGAAACUAAUGAGGAAGCUGUGUUUGACAAAAUACAGAACAGACCUUCAGUUAUUGAGGUACAUUUGAGUUCUAAAUGUGGACAGAACCAGGUCAAAGAGGGUCAGUUAGACAGUUCAGAGGUCGAAGACAAGAAAGGCAUGGAUGUUGAGGUCACAACAGAAUGCUCAACAUUGCAGGUCCAAACUGACCAAUCACAAGCUCCUUCCACCACUACAGUGAAUCCUGGAAAGGUAAUAGUGACUGAGGUCACUAUUAAUUCCUUGACCGUGACCAUUAAAGAGGCCAUGAGUGCAGAAGGCUUUUUCAGUGGCGAUGGUCUUGAGGUUUAAGUCGACAAAGGAACACAAGAACUUUACAAUAGAUUUAUGUAACUUCUGAAUUAUACAGUUUGCAGUAGUGAAGCAGAUAUUGUCUGUCUAAGCGAGGUAAGGACACACUAAGUCUUUUUUUAUUCCUCCAAGUUUGUCGUUGUGGUCAAAUAAUCGUUGAACGACAUAUCUGAGUAUAUUCAGUAAUGCUGUAAGCAAAGACUUCUAAAGCAUGUAAUGAAAAUAUCCAUGUCUGUGCCGCUACUUUUCCAUCCGCAGCAGUGAUUGCACUACAAGCAAGGAGAAGAAAAGCUUUUAAAGGGAUAAUUCACCCAAAAAUGAACCUUCCUUCCAUUGAACAAAAAAAGGAGAUUAGGGACAGUCUCUGUCACCAUUCAAUGUCAUUGCAUCUUUUUCCAUACAAUGACAGUGAUACGGGUGACUAAACGAUGACAGAAGUUUUGUUUUUGGCUGAACUUUCCCUAUAAAUUCUAAUUUAAAGAUAAAACUACUGCUACUUGUAUCAUUCCGCUACAUUUUGUCCUGUAAUCAACCAGGUGGGAAAAGGAAAGGGCACCUGGCUGUUUCCAUAUCUGCGCCUGAGCUCUCGUCACUCUGUUCUGAGGCCUUUGUCCAUUAUUGAAGAGUCAGUAUUAGUUUACAUUCACAGCUGCUACAGCGGACGCUUAUUUUGUAGGAGUAGAACCCGUUUAUCUGAACACACGUGCUUUAGGUGUUGCUUUUAGCAUGGCAGAAAUCAAAGCGGAGUCUAAAUUACACAUUUGGGUGGUAUUCGAACAUGGCUUGUCAGCUCUGUUGUUACACACCUGUGACAACUUCACUUUUUGCUUGCAUG